AUGAAUCUCGUGGACGAGGCGCAUGAGCUGUCCGAGCCUACUUCGGGUCCAGUGCCAGUCGACGCCAACGGCAGCGACAACAUCACCGAACUUGAGAAUGCCGCUCACCGCGAUGAGUCCCUGGCACUCAUCGAGCUCGCCAUCCUCACCUUCAUCUUCGCGCUCACCGUUGUCGGAAACUCGUGCGUGCUGGUGGCCCUGAAUGCGCGCCGUUCCAAGAUGACGCGCAUGUACUACUUCCUGGUACACUUGUGCGUUUCCGAUCUGACCACCGCAUUCUUCACGGUGCUCCCUCAGCUCGGCUGGGACGCAACAUACCGCUUCCAGGGCGGCAACCUUUUCUGCAAGUGCGUUAAGUACGGCCAGAUCCUGGGUCCUUACCUCUCUUCGUACGUUCUCGUGGUGACGGCCGUGGACCGGUACCAGGCCAUAUGCUUUCCACUCUCAAACUGCUCCUGGACGCCCACCAAGUCCAAGCUCCUGGUGUCCUUGGCGUGGGCUGUAUCGCUGCUCUGCUGCGUGCCUCAGCUGUUCGUGUUCAGCUACCAGGAGGUGGCGCCGGGCGUGUACGACUGCUGGGGCACCUACAUCGAACCAUGGGGCCUGCGCGCCUACGUCACGUGGUACGCCGUCAGUGUAUUCUUCAUCCCGCUGCUGGUGCUCGUCUUCACAUACGUCUGCAUCUGCCGCGCCAUCUGGCAGAACUUGUACCUGAAAAGAAAAAGCUCGGACGUUGAAGGCCGUGGUAAAGCGUACCGCUUCAAGAGUCCGCAAGGUGGCGCCACCUCCAGCACCGACUCGUCUUCGUACGUGCGGGGUCCGCUGGUUCCGCGCAGUCACUCUUCAGCUCGCGGCCUGUCAAGGGCCAAGAUCAAGACGGUCAAGAUUACCGUGGUGGUGAUCAGCUUCUACAUCAUCUGCUCGUCUCCGUUCAUCUGCGUCCAGAUGUGGAUGUACUGGGGCUCGGGACUCGACAUGAGCGACGCCUGGACGAAUGCCACCGUGACCAUCCUGAUGCUGCUCAACAGCCUGAACAGCUGCGUCAACCCGUGGAUCUACCUGUUCUUCAACCGCAACCUCGUGCAGGCGCUGAGGCAACAAGUGUGCUGCUGCUGCCACCAGGACAAGACAGUGGACGGGUCGCACCCGCGCGGCACGGCGGGCCUUCUACCCGAGAUGACGACCCAGGGCACCGAGAUCAACACCAGCCGACAGAGCUCGCCCGUGCGCUCGGUGCCACGCCAGACAUUCGACAGCGUCGACAUGGGCUCCCGGAGGACCUCCUAG